AUGGAAGUUUAUUUCAUUAACAAUAUUAAUCAAUUGAAAUCAGCACAAGCAAUAACCAAAGAAAAUGACUUAUUUACUCGAAGAAAUUUACCUCAAACAAAAUUAUACAAUUGGAGAAAUGAAGAUGAUCAUCGAGUGAUCGAAGGCAUCCUACAUUAUCCACCUAACAUGUUUGAAUCUAAAAAUUUAUCUCUGUUAGUGCUUAUUCAUGGAGGUCCUUAUUUGGCUAGUCUAAAUAGACUUGAGCUCGUUUGGUAUAAUUGGGCUUCAUUGGCAGCUUCAGAAGAUAUUCUUUGUGCAGUUGAUCGAUUGAUUAAAGAUGGCAUUGUUGAUCCACACAGACUUGCAGUCGGUGGUUAUAGUUACGGUGGUUUCUUAACAAAUUGGUUAAUUACGCAGACUAGACGUUUUAAUGCUGCCAUGUCAGGCGCUGGCGUUGUUGAUUAUGCUUCAGCAUGGGGUAUGAUGGAUAUACCUAUACUGCUCAGCUACUUGGCUGGAGGAUUUCCAUGGGAAGCACCAAAUAUUUAUCAAAACGAAGCACCUAUUUAUCAAUUAGAUAGAAUACAUACACCUACACAUAUCAUCACUGGUGAAAAUGAUAAUCGAGUUCCUACAUCUCAAAGUUAUAUAUUAGAACGAGGACUUCAUUAUCUUGGUAUACCAGUUAAAUUAAUUAGUUUUCCAAAAGAAGGACACUCAAUGCCUGGUAAUCCUUGGUAUGGAAAAGUAAAAGUUCCAGAAGAAUUGAAAUGGUUACUAAAAUAUGGUAAUCAAUCACUGAACAACAAUGAGCUAUCUAGUAACAGUGAAAGACCAAAAUUCGCUUAUACUUUACAAUUGUAUAUGUUCUUGUUUUCGAUUGUCAAAAUAAAGAACACGUGACAUUCAUCGAUUUUGGGUGUAGAACGAUGCAGGUUCACACUUAAUUCAAUCACAUUGUGCUCAGAUUAUGUAGCAGGAUUACCAUUUCCUCAGAUGUGAAGUUCUUAUAUAGACAAAGAAACAAAUAUUCCUUGUUUUAAAAGAACAUCUUAUUAAGAUUCGUAAGGGUGUGGGUGUGGGUGUCAUGCAACAGAAGUAUUACACCCACAUCAUCACAGACAUACUGAAUAUCUUAAGUUUGAAUCAUAAGUUAUGCCGGUGAUUGAUCUAAAUCUCGAAAAACGAGAAUAUAGGAAAAAGUGUUCUUGAACGAUCUAAAUUUCAUCAUUGUGUGAAGAAAAGAAAACGCAAAUCGAAGAUUUAUUUGUUUCAAUCUACUUAAAAGGCAUCAUAACAUUAGAUAUUGUUUCUAAGUGAGUCGCACAUUUAACAAAUUUAUAAAUUCUUUUUUUCUAACGAAAACCUUCAUAAAUAUCAUGAUAUUCAUGUUGAAUACGACCUCAAAUAAUUUACGAAGUAAAUUCAUCAAAAGAACAAAAAUUAAUCUGUAUAGUGAUCCUGAGAAUUGUGAAAUUAAAACGCACUGUCUAUUUUUUUUUUGAUUGACAUGUGUUAUACAGAAUAAAUUAGAAAAGGUUAAAAAAAGAAACAUCAGAACAAAAACUAUCGAAUGAUGAAAACAUCAAACGAUAGUUAUGUCGAAAAAAACUGUCGAGAAUGUUAGUAUAAGAUAGUUUAAUUUUUUUUAGAUAUAAAUAACUUCAACGAUGUUUUGAGAAGGAAGAAUUCUUUUUUAAAUUAUGCAAAAGUAGAACUCAUCGAAUCCGAAAAUUCCUGCACCCAUCUGAUUAAAAUUUCUUGGACUCGAUAGGCCCUGUAUAGAAGUGAUUUUGUAGAGAAUAGAGAAAAUAAAAAAUAGUGACAUUAAAGUAAAAAUGCAUGUUAGCUAUUAAGGUUCAUUUGUUUUGCUUCGCUAUUUUUAAUGACAAAGCAUCCAAUAAUUAAUUAAGAUCGAUUUCAUUAUUUGUAAAGCAUUCAUUUACAAUAUUAAUGCGUUGUUGUGUUGAGUUAAUCGAUGCCAUUUUUGACCGACCUCGAGCACCUGCAUCGCUUAGUAAUAAUAUGUGUCUGGAUUGAGCUUCUUCAUCUUGACGACACAACCUAAUUGUAAAUUGCCUAUUUACGCUCUCUUCAGACUUGUUUACGUUCGAUAUUUCUUCUUUCGAUGUUAUUUUUUCGAUCUUUUUUAUGAUCGACAUUUUUUUUUAUUUCUGACUUUCCUAUAUAUACGGUUAUAAAGAAUGCAAAAAAUUUCAUUCGUAAACAUUUUCAUAUUAAAUACUUUCUUUUCAUCAUGAAAAGAAAGUUAAAAUUAUUCGUCUUCUUAUUUUGUUUUAUUUUGCGCGUGUCAAGUGCACAAAAUCAUAUUUGAUAUUGAUAGAGCUCACUGAAAUUUAAUUAAAAAUAGUGGCUCUCAUUGAAAAAAUGAGAUACUAUUUGUGAUCGAAAGAAAAUUAUUAAUCGAUUUCAUCUACCACAUGUUGUUCUUCGUUGAAUUCUGUAAUGACUGAUUUGAUAUUCCAUUGAAAGUUUUUAUUUCGAUGAGAAGAAGUCUCAAUCUAAUAAAUAAAAUAGAAAUGCAAAUGUACAUUACUAUAUCGGGCGUAAAUUCUGAUAUAAUUCUUUAUUGUAUAGAAGUUCGACAUAAAAGAUAUUCGAGCGUUUUCAAACCUGAUUUUACAAGUUUUUUCUCGCUAUACUUUUCAUUUCAGUGAAAAAUUCGAAAAAAAAGAAUGGCGAGUAUCGAUUUGAUCGACAACCGUAGUCCCGAAGGACUAAAUGUGAUGCUUCUGUCUCAUAACAUUAAGUUGUGUUGUGUUUAGCCAUCUAUCGCGGCUCGUCAUUCUUCUAUAUGAAUUAUUUUCUAUUCAAAGUGCCACAAGUUACAGGUUCUGCAAUUCUCUUCUUUACUUGUCUAUGUGCCAACACUGAGUGUAGGUAUUGCGAAAGUACAGAAAUAUUCUUUGAUAAAAAUUUCUGCAGCAGCUAAAAUAACAUAGUCAUUAUACUAUCACGUAUGGGCUAGAAUUUUUGGUUAUCUCACUUUCGUUUUGACAAUAUCAAGAUGUUUCGUGCUACUAAGUUUGUUUUUUCGUCCUGAUUUCUUCGAAUAGUUCAAAAACCAACAUCAGUGGUUACAUAAUUUGACGUUGAAUACUGCUGCAUAGUGUGCAUCUCCCUUCAAAAGUUUGCGCUGAGGGUGUAGGUGUGUAAAACAAAGACUUCUGCAGACACCCACACCCACCAUACCGUUAUCCUCAUGGGUGCCUUCCAGCAAUCUUAGAAUCUCAUGUUUUACCACGAGAUAGCAUUGUUCUAGUGAAAGUUUCUAUGACAUGAUUCUUGGUAUCCUCAUUAAAAGAUUGUUAUUUGAAGUCAUUGGGUUUCUGUUGUGGAAGAGUAAUGUCUCAAAAACCUGCAUUAAUAAAAUAUCAAUCUCCUGUACUGAAUCUAGAAAC